GUCAGCCGUCUGUGAGCAGGAGUCAAGGUUGGCCUGACCCUUUCCCUAUUCCCCUAUUUCCACAUGAUAUAGAACUCCAGUUGGCUGAGGGAAAUCGUCGUUACAUAAGAGAUGGAUCUCUGAUGACUGUGCUCAAAGGGUUUAAAAGUGUAAUUUUAGAAAUUCUAGCUGACAAUAUGUCCAAAAUUACAGCGUAUCCUGAAAAGAGGCACUACGAAAUGGUUGCCAAGGCCCUUACAGAGAAACACCCAUGCCUGAAGCAAGUAGGACAAGAGAAAGGAUGGUUUGCCUGGUUCUAUAGUUUAAGAUUCAAAUUUGGCAACUAUCGGCAUAAAUUGGCUGAAGCAGGAUGCCCAGAAGUGAUCGUUAACAAAAGAAAAGGAAGUGGUGAAAAAGGGAAGCGUCUAAAGAAAUCGAAGAAGGGGGAAAUAAACUACUUACCUGAUCCAUCUGAAGGCGAUUUAACUGAAAACGGAGAAGAGGAAAGAAAUCCAAUUGUGACGGAAAUACAAAAAAGGGAACCCGACUGGAAUAUUCUUGAUGACUUGAUGGACAGAACCUUCUCUGUCCGUCGACAGGAAGUAGUUGGAGACCAGCCACUUAUAGCAGAUGUCCAAAACAGAUGGCCAGCACUGUUUACCCAGAGACAGGUCAUGGCUGAGUUCAAGAGAAUCGUCACAAAAAACCUCCUUGAAUCUUACCUGGAUGGGCUCGAUGGCCUGGUUCAGCCACUUCUUGAUGCGUACAAAGUUGCAUCUGGAAAAAAACAGGCACUCAGAGACAUUUUGGACAGCCUUGAAAAAGAAGACUCGAACAUGAGGAUGAGGACUGCAGCCAUACUGGGACUGCCACACUACAUCUCUGAAGAGCCGUGUAAUAUCUUCAGGAUGUGUGAUGUACAUCACGGUACAAUGGCGGCUGCCAUGCAGGGGAUGGACGUCGGCCUGCUUAUUGGAUAUGAAGGUGCUCAUCAGAAUGGAUUCCCUUUGAACAUCUUUAACGUGGCUAUUGUCGUGGAGGAAACACCGGUCAUGCACAAUUUUGAUGAUGUGCCAUCUGCCAUGGCCAUGCUGAUGGGUGUCAUAUAUUGUGUGAACUUAGAAUACCCGAAAGCUAUGAAGUAUUCUUUUGAAUUCAUGCAGAGGGUCAUCCUCAACAUCCAUCCAGAGGAGGCUUCUCCGAAGGUUAAUGGUCUAAGAAACAAGCUUCUCAGGAACACUAUAUAAAGUAUGUGCACCUCAUUUUAAAACGAUGCUAUGUACACCAUAGCUAUACACUCUGUUUUAUUAUUUGAUAUGGAAACGCUGGUUUUGCUAUAGAGGAUCGCUGAGGGGAAGGUUGCUUUUAUCUGUUUUGUAAACUUGCCCAGUACAGGGUUAUUGUUAAGGUUAGAGUUUGGACACUUGUUGCCAUCAGCGGUCAUAAUAACCCUAAAUCUGAGGAUUCGUUCAUUCGAGGACAACGUUUAGUCUGCUUUAGUGUGGUAGGUUGGGUUGGUCUGCACACACACGUUACAAACUGUUACCAUUACUUGUUUUUACUACUAGUGUCCAGGUCAGAGGCUGUCAAGGUGACGUUUAUGCAUUUCCUGGUCAGCAGAGAGGAGCAGAUCUACACUGCCAGCUGACCUUUGAACCAGUCUUUCCUCUCUCUGUUUGUCUCUCUCACACACGCACGCUCGCACACACACACACUCACUCACUCUCACACACACAUUCUCUCUCACUGAUGCACCCACGCUCGCUCAC